CUGCUGAGUCCGCAGGCAGCAGCAGCACACCUAAAACUGGAGAAGAGUUCGGACACUUUGUUAGGUGAAACCAACAGAAAGAGAAGAAAGAUGGCUCCGGCUUUGCUUCUCAAUGGCGACCUCGCCACCGUCAAGCCUGCUUCGACCACCGGACGUGUGUCGUCCGUUUACAGUGAGGUCCAGUCCAGUCGUAUUGAUCAGUCGCUCCCUCUCCCUUCUGUUCUCAAAAAUCCCUUCAAAAUCGUCGAUGGCCCCCGCAGUUCCGCCGCUGGUAACCCUGAUGAGAUUGCGAAGCUGUUUCCUAAUCUUUUCGGGCAACCUUCAGCAAUGCUGGUGCCAAGUGCCGAGGGUGGUCUCAGAUCUGACCUGAAGCUGAAGAUUGGUGUUGUUCUGUCUGGAGGACAGGCUCCUGGAGGUCACAAUGUAAUUUGUGGAAUCUUUGAUUAUUUGCAAGACCAUGUGAAAGGCAGCAUAUUGUAUGGGUUCAAGGGAGGUCCUGCCGGGAUCAUGAAGGGAAAAUAUGUAGAAUUGACUUCAGAUUAUAUUCACCCUUACAGAAAUCAGGGUGGUUUUGACAUGAUCUGCAGUGGGAGAGACAAGAUUGAAACUCCAGAGCAGUUUAAGCAAGCUGAAGAAACAGCAUUGAAGCUUGAUUUGGAUGGACUUGUUGUUAUUGGUGGUGAUGAUUCAAACACAAAUGCAUGCCUCCUUGCUGAAAAUUUCAGGAGCAAAAAUAUGAAAACUAGAGUGAUUGGAUGCCCAAAAACCAUUGAUGGUGAUCUGAAAUGCAAAGAGGUUCCUACAAGUUUUGGAUUUGAUACUGCAUGCAAGAUUUAUGCAGAAAUGAUUGGAAAUGUCAUGGUAGAUGCACGAUCAACUGGAAAAUAUUAUCAUUUUGUACGACUUAUGGGACGUGCAGCUUCACACAUUACUCUGGAGUGUGCUUUGCAGACUCACCCAAACAUUACCAUCAUUGGAGAAGAGGUUGCUGCAAAGAAACAAACACUGAAAAAUGUCACAGACUACAUAGUGAAUGUAAUCUUAAAAAGAGCAGAUCUUGGCUACAACUAUGGUGUCAUCCUCAUCCCUGAAGGUCUAAUUGACUUCAUACCUGAGGUGCAGCAGCUUAUUGCCGAACUCAAUGAAAUUUUGGCGCAUGAUAUUGUUGAUGAAAAUGGGCUGUGGAAAAAGAAACUUAAAGAUCAAUCUCUCAAGCUUUUCGAGUUUCUACCUCGGGCAAUUCAAGAGCAGUUGCUGCUUGAAAGAGAUCCACAUGGAAAUGUCCAGGUUGCCAAAAUAGAAACAGAGAAAAUGCUUAUUCAAAUGGUUGAAACUGAGCUGGAGAAGAAGAAGCAGGAGGGUUCAUAUUUGGGCGAAUUUAAGGGGCAAUCACACUUUUUUGGCUAUGAAGGUAGAUGUGGUUUGCCAACUAACUUUGAUGCUACCUACUGCUAUGCAUUGGGCUAUGGUGCUGGAGUUCUCCUUCAGAGUGGGAAAACUGGGCUGAUAUCAUCGGUUGGAAAUUUGGCUGCCCCAGUUGAACAAUGGACUGUUGGUGGGACUGCUCUGACCGCUUUAAUGGAUGUAGAAAGGAGACAUGGUAAAUUCAAGCCUGUGAUCAAGAAGGCAAUGGUUGAACUCGACGGUGCACCCUUCAAGAAAUUUGCUUCCUUGCGGAAUGACUGGGCCAUUAAUAAUCGCUACAUUAGCCCUGGUCCUAUUCAGUUCGUUGGGCCGACAUCUAAUGCAGUUAACCACACUCUACUCCUUGAACUUGGAGCUGUUCAAAACUAGUUGCAUUUUAUUCAAGUCCCAGAGUGAUCUAUAGAACAAGAAAACUUAGAAACUUGUUGUGGGUCAUUGAGGUUCUUCCGUUUCAAUUAUUUUAGUCUUAGAAUUUUGACAUUCAAAUUUUGAGCUGUUUUAAAGACUCAAGAUGGUUUCUGCGUCAAUUUGUUGAACUUUGGAUUUCCAAGGCAUAAGGCACUAAUUGUCUGUUGCCUCAAUCAAGCUCUUCGAAGCAAAAAUUUACCUUUCAGUUUUAAAUUGUAUUCAUAGUUUAUAUAGAGAAAAUGUUUAUCUGCCUUACCUCUUAAAGAUCAAGAGGAAUAUUAUUUCAAAAUUAUAUUAUUUUAAUAAAUACUUAUUAAAAAA